AUGGCAGAACAAGACCGCUACCAAUCCCAUCUGGGAGUAAACACAGACAAGAUCCCAACACCAAGCAUGCCCGCCGCCUCGGGCGCUGAGCAGGACCGCUUCGGCGGCUGGUUCGGUGGCAACAAGGCAGACAAGGCCGCCGACGCCGUCAAGGACCACCUCCCCCGCGGCUCUGGUGCUGAGCAGGACCGCUACGCUGGCUGGUUCGGCGGCGACAAGCUGCCGUCCCUCGAGAAGCUGGGCGAGAAGCUGCCACAUGUCUCCGGGGCUGAGCAGGACCGCUACAACUCCCACUUUGGCGGCGACAGGCUCCCCUCCAUGGAAAAGCUGGGCGAGAGGCUGCCGCACGUCUCGGGCGCCGAGCAGGAAAGGUACAACCGCUGGUUCGGCGGCGACAAGCUUCCCUCCAUGGAGAAGCUCGGAGACCGCCUCCCUCACGUCUCUGGGGCCGAGCAGGACCGCUAUGAGAGGUGGUGGGGUGGCAAGGGCGAGCAAGUCGCGGACAAGGUGGAGCGGAACCUGCCCAAGACCUCCGGCGCUGAGCAAGACCGCUUCGGGGGCUGGUUCGGAGGGGACAAGCUCCCCUCCGCCUCCGAGGUGAAGAACGCCAUGCCCCAAGUCUCGGGCGCAGAACAGGACCGCUUCGGAGGCCACUUCGGCGGCAAAGCCCCCUCCGCUGAGGGCAUCUCCCGCCGUCUCCCUCGAGUGUCCGGCGCGGAACAAGACCGCUACGGCACACACUUCAACCUGCACCCGAGCAACCCCGUUAACAGCGCCACCACAACAACCCUCGGCCUCCUCCAGAAUGCCCUCCUCCCCUCCUUCGGGCUGCACGCCGGCCUGAGCACCGUCACGUACGCCGUCGCGCGGUAUACCGACCGCGCUGACGCCAAGGACUUCCUCUGGCCAACGGGCCAGGUCGCCAACGCAUGGUGGACCGCCGUCGGCACCCGCGUCGUCUACGAUGGCCUCUCGCUGCCCUCGGCAUGGGACUCGCUCGGCUACACGCAGAAGCUGCUCCUCACGGGCGUCAGCGUCUGGGGCGGGCGCCUGCUGUACCGCAUCGCGACGCGCAGCAUCAAGCGCGGCCGGGACGACGACCGCUACGUGACCGCCAAGCAGCAGGACCCCAAGUUCUGGGACCGCGCAUUCUUCACCAUGUUCCUGCCCGAGGCUGCCUUCCAGGCUUUGAUUGCGCUGCCGUUCACGCUGCCCUUCCAGGCACCGCUGGCGAGUGCGCGCGCGUCGCUGAUUACCGACUUCCCUGAGACGUUCCACAGCUUGGCUGUGUUCCUGUUUACUACUGGUUUUGCGCUUGAGACGCUUGCGGAUACGCAGCUUGAGGCGCACUCGAGGAAGAGCAAGGAGUUGAACCGCGAGGGUGUUUGGAGCAUCGUUCGCCACCCCAACUACCUCGGCGACGCCCUCUGCCACCUGUCCUUCCCCGUCCUGCUCUACAGCGCCGGCAUGCUCCACCCGCUGGCCGUGCUCGGCCCGAUCCUCAACUACAUCAUCCUCCGCUACCUCGGCGGCGACAAGGAGAAUGAGGCGAGCCAGGAGGAGCGGUACGCCAAGACGAGCCCCGUCAAGCUGCAGCAGCUGCGGGAGUACCGGGCCGAGAAGAACAGCUUCUGGCCGGCCGUCAAGGAGGCGAACAACAAGUGGGUGUGGAUCGUCGCCGGUGCUGGUGUUGUUGGCGCCGCUGUCGAGAGAGGACUCCUUGCGUACUUCAACUAA